GUGCGGCGCGUGAAAAGAAGUUCCCCAGAGCCACAGGGCUUAGCGCCGUUCGGCCAUGACACGCCGGCACCUGCAACGCGUGCAGUAGCCGCGACGGGCAGUGGACAGAUCGCGGGAGACUGGUGCUGAGACUCUGCUCCUGCGCGGCGCCUGUAUCUCCCUCUGCGUGGUGCUAUGAACGUGAUUGUUGUAAGUGCGCCUCGCCGGAUCGGCGCGUCUCCCUAGCUCAGAAGUUUGUUCGUACCGUCGCCGUCGCAUGCCAUGCGCCGCCCGUCUGCGCAGGGCCGUCACCGCUCCUCACUCCUCUCCAAACCUCACUGACCUGACCGAAGGCCUGGGCCGCGGCCAUGUCGUAUGCGAUUGCCAGCGCCGCGAGCGCUGCCCGCCUCCCCUCCCGCCGCGCCUCGGGGCUGCUCCUCUUCGCCCUCUCGGCCACCCUGGUUGCGCCUGCCCACUCGACCCGCACCGCACACCUGCACACCACGCGCGCGCAGGCCCCCUACGCCCUGCCGACCUGCCCCGCGCACAAGGACUCGACGCCAAACUCAGCAGGCCUGCGGUCGCUCAGCUCGUCUGCCCCCGCCCCGCACUUCUCCUACCACGUCGCCGCCUCCUUCUCCGCCAAGCAGGACCGCUUCAAUGCCCAGCAGAACCUGUUCACAAACCCGCUGCACGACCCCUCCACGCGCAACGAGGACUGGCGCGAGUGCAAGCAGAGCCUGGACCCGCGGCGGCGGCUGCGCAGCGGACAGGACGCGCUCUUCUUCAGCCAGGUCGGCGACACCAAGACCACCACAUUCGGCGUCGCCGACGGCGUGGGCGGCUGGACCGAGUCUGGCUUGGACCCGGCCGACUUCUCGCACGGCCUGUGCGAGUACAUGACGUGCGCCGCGCGCUCCUUUCCCCACGGCUUCAACACCACCUCGCUGCACCCCAAGGAUCUGCUGCAGGUGGCAUAUGACGAGGUUAGCGAGGACGACACCAUCGAGGGCGGCGGCAGCACUGCGUGUUUGGCCGUGGCGGAGCCGGACGGCAACGUCGAGGUCGCAAACCUGGGCGAUUCCGGCUUCAUGCAUCUCGGCCUGAAUGCCGUGCGACACUUCACCCAGCCGCAGACGCACGCCUUCAACACGCCCUACCAGCUCUCCAAAACCCCCCACCGCAUGCUCGUGCAGAUGGCCGUCUUCGGCGGCCCGUCGACCCUCUCCGAUCUGCCCAAGGAGUCGAGCAUCACCCACCACAAGGUCCGCCACGGCGACGUCCUCGUCUUUGCGACCGACGGCGUGUGGGACAACCUCAGCCCGCAGGACGCCCUCGGCAUCGUCAGCAAGCAGAUGGUCGCCGCCGGCGCCUGGGUCGACCGCGACGGCGCCAUCGACGUCGGUCACGAUCUGGCGAAGCUGGUGCAGGCCGACACAGGCCGCCGCGCGGACAGCAAGUCGCUGCAGGCCGUUGUCGCUACCGCCAUCGCAAAGGAAGCCAAGGACGCCGGGCUGAACACGCGCCGCGACGGGCCGUUCGCCAAGGAGGUGCAGAGGUACUACCCGGGCGAGAACUGGCACGGCGGCAAGCCGGACGACAUUGCCGCCGUCAUUGCCAUCGUGCUGGAAGAGCCGACACCAAAACUCUGAUUACGUGAAUUGCAUAGCAGGCGUUGCGGCGUGUUAUAGACCCAGGAGGUUGUUUGACUGUUGUAUAUCAACCGAUGUAGUCCCGUAUAUGGCUAGACGAAAUAAAAUGCUUGACGGUCCA